AAAGCUUAGCAGUUUGUUAUUCCUCGCCUCUCUCAAAGUUACUGACUUUUAGUGACACUCAGCUUCGUCUGCAACAGGUAGAGACAUGCCUGGAGUUGCUGUCUUAUUACGGGAAGGGGAGGAAAAAAAAGUCUGACUUCUGCUGGUAAUGUGAAAGAAUCCAAAAUGGCGGCUGGGAGGAACUUCUUGAUAGAUGCCUUUUUAAAGGAGUAUGCUGAUUUGCCAAUCAAGCAGCUGUGCAGCAGCUCAGGGUUUGAGCUGUGCAUACUUGGUCUACUCCUGGUGUUUCUCCACUGUUCAGAGCACAGUGAACCAAUGCCUAUUUUAUUCCCUUCCCAACAGGAUGGGAGGGUUUCGCCGCAGUUUUCACUCCUCCGCCGAUCUGUUAGAGCAGCUCCCAAACAGGAAACUAAGGGUUUGAUGAUAUGCUUGGCAGGAAGAGGCAUCCUACAAUUUGUGUGAUGGGUCCAUUUUUUCACUCUUCUACAGCAGAAAAAGCAACAUUGAGGCAAAAAUAAAGGUGCUAAAAGAUAAAGAUUUUUGGCUCUUCCAGCUUUUCCACCACAUGUUUUUCAGAACGUGUGUGUUAUACUGGGAAGGCAGGAUGUUGUUAGUGGGAAAGCCCUGAUUAGAAUCAAGGCUAACGGCAUCAGAGGACAAAGGCAUGUAUUGUGGGAAGAAAUAGCACUUCCGCUUUUGAGGGAAAACACAGAGUUGCCUCCUCGGUUGCUUCUAAAAACAAGUUAAUGUCAAUAAAACAGAGCAGGGAUUAUGUAAAAAAAGCUCAUCUUUUGUGUUUGCUACCGUGGAUUAUGUCUAUGUAUGUGCAUGCAGCUGCUAUGCUGCUGUUGGGCACUCUGCAUGUUUGCUUUACACUGAAUCUGACGCUGACACAGUGUGUAGGGUGGCAGGCCUUGCUAUACAUUCUUCAGGCUCAGUUCCCACCCCCUCACAUCCUCGGGUCUCUACAUUCCUGCACAGCAGCGUCAACAAAGCUAGCCAACCCACUGUGAACUAUGUCUGGGCUGUCAGGGGAGUGACGGGGUCGUUUCUGUUUGACCAGUCUUCUUUUGCGAUGGCAUCGACUUUUUAAUGUGCCUUUUUAAAGGGUGUAAAACAUCUUCUCUUAACACAAAAACUCACACAAACACAAAAUGCUUUGCACUUUCACCUGUUGAGAGUUCUGGAAGACAACCAAGUUGGACUACAUGAGAGGGGAAAAAUCCACUGAAAAGUGAAACUAGUGCUCCUCCUUAAAGUGGCAUUCCUUCUAAUAAACGUCAGGGUGUCCUCUGAUUGCAAAACAAACCCCAGAUGCAGAGAAGUCCAUGAGAUGAUGUUUCCUCAGAUCACUUGUCUGUGACCUAAUUAAGCCCUUUCCUCAUGUAUUUAUGGGCACAGUCACUAUUUUCAAGUAUAUUAGAACAAUAUGGUGUGUAUGUAUUAAAUUAUUUCCCCAUUAAUGUCAAGAAUGUUGAUAAAGCAGCAUAUGCUUCAGGGCAGACUUUUGUCAAGUUUCCAUUGGCUUCACCACAGGACUUCAGUGACCAGUAGGUGACAUCUGAAGCCCCUCAAAUUUAGAAUUUUAUUUAAAAUCAAUACUGAUGUUUUUAGGAAUUUAAUAAUAAUAAUAAUGAGAUUGGCACUGAUGGCACAAGCAGAAGAAAGGGAUCUGUCAGUCUUAUUGCUUUCUCAAAUCACUUUACAUUUGUAUUGCAUUAUGUUUUAUUGGAACAUUCAUUAGGAGAAUAACACCUUUGACUCUCCAACAUAGAUCAUUGUAAUCCUGAGGCAUGCUACAAGUGAAUUUACUGUUGCUAUUCCAUUCUUGUCUAAGAUGGGAUUAUGUGAAAAAUGGGUGUAACUUCACCAGCACAUGGAUCCCAUCCUGACAGCUAUCAGAAGAAGCUCAGUCACUUCGAGGCUGCAGAGUGCACUCAGCACGGCAGAGGGCUCCAGGAUGACUCAUUCGUCUUUAUACAGACAUCAGACAAGCGCUCAUGUCUGAUCUGUGCUGCAGACGUACCCGGGGCAAGUGUACACUCAUACUGUAAAAACACACACAGUGAGGAGCAGUGCUGAGAACCAUUCUCUUAAAAGAUCAUUAGACUCAGGAUAAUACUCAUGGCCUAGACUUAACAAUAAACACAUACUCGCCUCCAGCACAGAGUCCGUUGUUAAAGUGGAGUUUGGAGGUGGUAAUUUUGGCUGCAUGACUGGUCAGGAGAAUGAAGAACUGGCUUGAAUUGCUUACUCACAACACCAGCUCAUAGUAGAAUAUAUCAUCGCUGUCUCUGUGGGAGAUGACGGCAGAGGAGGAACCAAUCAUCAUGUAGUUAUUUGGUAAUUUAACUAUUAAUCAUCAUUACGAACAUAAGACGGGCUGGAUUUUUUCUUUUUCAGUCUUAUGGUUCUGGGCUUUUUAAUUUCAUCAUUCCCGAUACAAAUAGGGCAAAUUUCCACACUUAAAAAAUCUGAAAUGGGGGGGAGUAAUUGGAUUACUACCUGAAAAGUAUUUCAUCCUCUAACUAGGACUCAGUAUGUUGAGUUAUAAGCAUGGGUUGAACGUAUGCCUACAGGUGUGUAUGCAGCAUAUUUUUGGGAGAAGGGGCAGCAGCUAAAGGAAUGACCACCGGGUGGAGCCACCAUGUUCGUUGUGGAGACAGGAAAGCAUGUGGAGAGAGAGAGAGAGAAAGAGGGAGGGCGAGGAGGUGGUGAGCUAGUGAGUAAUGCUCCUUCCCAAAUGGACUGUAUCAGUGGCUGUGUGCCUUAAGCUGGCUGGCAGCUGAUAGUUGUGCUGAGGAAAUCAGGCAGUGUCUCUCUCCCUGUCCGGAGGAGCAGGACUCUUCCUUCUGUCACUUGACGUGUGGAUGUUUUGAAUUGCCAGAAUUAAGCGGUAGAAUCUGACAGGAGCCAGGGCUGGUGAGCCUGUUUGUGUACAACAAGGUGGAGUGAAGAAGUGGAGUUCUUCAGAAACCCAGAAAAGUAACACUUUGGAGAUUUUCUUGUUCAGUGCCGGACGACCUCACUCCAGAGGAGCAGCAGGAGCUGGAGAAUAUCCGCCGGCGUAAGCAAGAACUGCUGGAGGACAUUCAGCGGCUGAAGAAUGAGAUAGCAGAAGUUACUAGUGAAAUUGAGAACCUGGGUUCCACUGAGGAGAGGAAAAAUAUGCAGAGGAAUAAACAGGUGGCCAUGGGCCGUAAGAAGUUUAACAUGGACCCCAAAAAGGGGAUCCAGUUUCUGAUUGAGAAUGACUUACUGAAGAAUACCAGCGACGACAUUGCUCAGUUCCUCUACAAAGGAGAGGGCCUCAACAAAACAGCCAUCGGAGAUUAUCUCGGAGAGAGAGAUGAUUUCAAUAUCAAAGUACUCCAAGCCUUUGUGGAGCUUCAUGAGUUCACAGACCUCAACCUGGUUCAGGCGUUAAGACAGUUCCUAUGGAGCUUUCGGCUGCCGGGAGAAGCCCAGAAGAUCGACCGCAUGAUGGAAACCUUUGCUCAGCGCUACUGCCAUUGCAACCCUGGUGUUUUCCAGUCUACAGACACAUGCUACAUUCUGUCAUUCGCCAUCAUCAUGCUAAACACCAGCCUCCACAAUCCAAAUGUAAAGGACAAGCCGACCGUGGAACGGUUUAUCUCCAUGAACAGAGGCAUAAACGAUGGAGGUGACUUGCCUGAAGAUCUGCUCAGGAAUUUGUAUGAGAGCAUCAAGAACGAGCCUUUCAAAAUACCAGAAGACGACGGCAAUGACCUCACACACACUUUCUUCAACCCGGACAGAGAGGGCUGGCUGCUAAAACUGGGAGGGGGACGAGUUAAAACUUGGAAGAGGAGGUGGUUCAUCCUCACAGACAACUGUCUGUACUACUUCGAGUACACCACAGACAAAGAGCCAAGAGGAAUCAUCCCACUGGAGAACCUGAGUAUCAAGGAGGUGGAGGACAAGAAGCCUAACUGCUUUGAGCUUUUCAUACCUGACAGCAAGGACCAGGUGAUAAAGGCAUGCAAAACUGAGGCUGACGGACGGGUCGUGGAGGGCAACCACACCUUCUACCGCAUCUCAGCUCCCACAGCUGAGGAGAAAGAAGAUUGGAUGAAAAGCAUCAAAGCUGCCAUCAGCAGGGACCCCUUUUACGAGAUGCUGGCAGCCAGGAAGAAGAAGGUGUCAUCCAUGAAGAGACAUUAGGGGCACUCGGCUUUUCGGACGUUGCAUUUGACAGAAUAAGGUGCGCGGGGUCUGUUUGCCCUUCCUGGGCCAUUGCAGAGGUCAUGACCAAGGUCUGCCUCUGACCUCCCCAAGGCUUUUCUCUAGGAUACACAACAGGUCUGACUUUUGGACUCUGCAGGCCAGAAAACAAAAAACAGGAAAGCAUGCUGGGUUUUUAGAUAAGAGUCUGGGCUGAGCGCCUCCUCUAACCUCCUGUCUGAAUGUGUUGCUUUCUCUCUCAGCUUUUGUAUGUGCUCUGUCUAUGAGACCGGAAGGGAGUGUUACUGUGCAACUCAGAGUCCCUUUUGAAGACACGUUAAAACAACACAGUUCUCAUAUACACUGCAUACAUACACAACAUCACAACAAGCAUACUUUCAUGGAGUCCUCCCCCGUCGCACACAUUGUUUUAACUCAGCAGGUCUGACCGAGUGUGGCACCCCAACCAGAAUAUUCCUCACUGUGUGGAAGAAAAGCAAAGAUCUUUUCUGACGUGCUUUAAUAUGUUUUGGUAAUACGUGUCUAUUUUUACAGCUUUUACUGUCAAGUCCUCUCGAGCCUUUUGUUGUUUGCUUUUGUAGAAUAAAAUGUUCAGAUAGAAGCUGUAAAGGGGCUGCUAUGAGAGGGAGGGAGGGUUAUAAUUUGCCAACUGUUAGUGAUUUUUUUUUCUUUUUUUAAUAGAAAAAAGAAAACAAACUUUAAAAAAAAAAAAAAAAAGGAGAAAAAAAAGUUGCCACUCAGGAGAUUGCUACCAUGUUCAGAGACUUUACAGGGCGGGUUGACUUGGAUCAUGUAAACAACUCAAGAGAUGCAUUCAAAGGCACGACGGAGGCCCGGGCUGAGCUGUGUUUGUAUGUGAAACUGCAGAGAAGGCGUCUGCUUGUCUGGGAGGGGAUGCAUCCCGGGGAUUAUGGGCCUGUCUAUCGCUUUGGGCUUUUGAGGUCUGAGGAUUUGGGGGGGGAAGAAGCAAAAAGUCGGCCCAUUUUUUUUCCCCCCUCGUUGUCUCAUUUCAACUCUAAAACCAAAUCAUUAUAUUCCCGUAUCAUGCAAAAGUCACUGAAAUGUCAGAAAACUUACUUUACUGCUGCACAGUGCCAGGUGCCCUAGAUGAAAUGUGAUGAGAAAUGCUGCUGGUUAGCAAAAGUAAUUUAGAUAUAUAUUUUUCUUCCUUUGUUCCACUCAUCCCAUCUGUCACGCUUCUUUAGAGGUUUGCUUUUACUGUUAUAAUUAAACAACAUUUUCAGCACAGCCUCAUUCAUCGUUAUGUUUAAGACACACUGUAGUUUAUGAAUAUUGCUUUAAAGGAGCAGAAAUAAAAGUUUGUAUUAUAGAAACAGUCCGAUCCUUGUCUUAGUCCCUGUCUCAGGAUCCAGUGUGCCAGGUGAAACAAUACUGAAGAAUGUACUGUGGUGAACCAAAAUAUAUAUAUAUAUAUAUGUAGAGAGAGAGGGCAGAAUGGCUGAUUAGCGAGGCACCAAAAAAGCAAAAAAUAGUUUUGAGGGUACAGUUAAACAAAUAGGAUCUGAUUUGUACACCAAGCCAUCGUCUCGACUGCUCCACAGUUGUCUCUCAUCUCAUCUGUGCCUGCUGUCCCUAAUCCCACCCCCAGCCGUCCUGUUUCCUGGUCUCCUCCUCUCCUCUCUGCUCUUCCCAGCGCACUACUCCUAGAGGAUUAAGCAAAAAUGCAAAACAAUCAUAAUUCUAGACAGUAUUGGUUUAUUUAUCAAAGUUGUACAUAUUUAAAUGUAUAGUGGGUAUUGUGUUUCUAAUUUUGUUUAUUUGUUUUGCCAUUUUCCUUUGGCACUCUGUUAGAAUGACUGAGUUAAGGUUUCUAUCAAUGCCAUUUAACCAAGCUGUAAUAAAGACAGAAUUGUCACAA